GCAGCACUGUAUUUACACACUGCUGCUCACGUCGUUAUAAAACGUAUAGUCGUGUUUGUGUCGUUUAUCCAGGCCCGACUUGGCGUCUGCUAAAGAUAAUUUGAGAGCCUCGUAAAGGUGUCAUAAUUUAGAUAUUCCGUAGAACGUGCCAGAAAACACCACAACUCCAUUUGUUUAUCUGGCUUUAAGUCCGACGUGAGACAUGAAGAAAUACAGAGAGCUAUGGAGAGUAGAUUCUGUGUUUUGACCGACACCGAAGACCUCCAGGCGAGAUUUCCAAACGGCGAAAACAACCCCUACUUCGAAAGGUCAAAGUCUCUGUUCGAAGAAAUUCGUGCUUCCAUAAACAACAACGAUGAAGAGGACCGCUCCUUCUGGAGGCCCGUGCUCCCUUGGGGGGGCGUCUUCACCAUCAAGGCAGGACGGAAGGCCAUAUCGUGCACUCCCCUGUACGUGAAAAUCCAGCUGAAGAACACCUGCACCAUCGAUGGCUUCCUCAUGAUCCUGUAUGUGAUCCUGCGGGACAACCACGGCUUUUCCAGAGAGCUGGCCGUCUUCCUGGGGAAGCAGUUUGUGGAGUAUUUCCUCUACCUGAUGGACUCCUGUGACUACACCACGGUGAAGAUGCUGUGGAUCUGGGACAGGAUGUCUAAAAGACAGUACCGCUCCGAGGUCCACCAGGCAGCGCUGGAGAUUGACCUGUUCGGCAACGAGCAUGAGAACUUCACGGAGAACCUGGAAAGCCUGAUGUCCACCGUGCAGGAGAGCCUGUGCACCAACUGGAGCUGUCCGGCCCGCUUCCAGGAUUUCAUCAAGACUACCAUCAACAUCAGUCCUCCUCAUGAGCUGCCUCACCGAGACCCAAUUCAGUCGGCCGUGGACGAGUUCUUCUGCCCCAAGCUGCUCCUCUGCUCAGAACUGGGGUGUGAUGGCCUAAGGGAGUUCUCUCAUAGGGUUUUCUGCCACGGACCCCCACCCUUCGUUAUUCUCAACAUGCAGCAGUGGAAGUCAGAGGAUCUGUCCUACGUCCCUUACCAUCUGGCUCUCUGUCAGCACAGGUACUUACUAGAGGGCGCCACACUCUUUAACAAGGAAGAGCAUCACUACUCUGCUGCCUUCCAGAUAGACGGCUGCUGGAUGCACUAUGACGGCCUGAGGAGUGAUAAUCUGAUCCUGUUGCACAAACCUCCAGAGCUCCUGCUGUUGUCCUCUCUGGUCUACAUCCGCGCCUCUGACAAGUGAACUCAUCUUGUCACAGGAUGACAAAACCGAAUUAAUCCCCCCUCGUAAUGGCAUUAUAUCACUGUUUAUUUUCCUGUUGCGUUAAUAGUUAACUAAUGCCUGUCCCGAGUAUUUUUCCCGUCAGCUGUAAGAGUGAAUGACAUAUGCUCAGUUUUACCUGCAUGCUUGCAGAAAGCACACUGCAAAAUGAAAAUUACUUCUAUUAGGGCAUGCUUGGAAUCCAAGAAUACAAUGGACUAUAAUAGUUCUGGGUUGAUUUAUAUAACUAAUGAUUCCAGCACAUGGUGUAUAUCACAGUUGGCUUGUACAAAACGGUGGUUGUUAAAUGGAUUACACACUGCAGGUGCGUUUACUUUAAAGUAGCCUUGAAAGCAUAUGUAUUUGACAUUGACAGUACAAAAGGAUCAGGUCCUCUGUGUUACGUUACAUUAAUGCAUAUCAGUCCUUUCCAAAAAUGAAAGUGGUGCUAGAUCUACAUUGUGCUCUGAGGUAUAGAACAGUCAAGUCAAGGCGGAUGUUAAAAGUGAAAAAUGUUUAAUGUAGUGAUGGAGUCUUAAAAUAAUAAUAAUAAAAAAAAAAGGUUUUAUAUUAUACAAUUAAGAAAUUAUUAGUAUCUUUACCAACACCGUAAGAUUAAACAUGACCUUGUUGGCUUGUAUGGCACAAGGCAUGCAGCAUAAUUAAUGAAAAAAAAAAAAAACCUGACAUUUUAACACUCUAGCUCAGCUCACACUUACUGUUAAGUCUUAGAAGAAUUACUGUUAUCACACCGUGCCUCUACCAACUAGACCGGUUGGUGAAAUCCUGCAGUGUUGAAUCCUUAAUUCAUUUUUUUGAUGGUUAUUUUUCUAUGCAGACGACACUGUCUUUAAAAUAAAUGCAAAAUACAGAUAUUUUGGAAUA